AUGCAGCCCGCAAAGUUCGUCGCCGUUAACCUUUUUAUUGCAAAAGUUAUCCAAACCGGAGUACAUUAUUUGUCCGAAAGUGAGAUUAAAGAAAUUGUCGUUCCUGAAAAGGCUCCCGUGGUAGAACCACCACGCCAGAUCCCGCCACAACCCUCGUGGUUUUUGCCCUAUCUCCUGACACUUCAACUCAGCGUGGCAUGUUUAUUUGCACAAACUUUACGUAAAUUUGACCUGCCCUCAGGACGGACUCGUCUCAUUCUCUGCACCCUCAUCAGCGUAGACCUCAUCUUUGCAUGGAUGGACGUCCUACAGUUUUCUUUGUACUCCAAUUACGCGGUGGAUUUAUUUACUCCAGCUUCUGGUCCGAUGUGUCGCACCUUUCUGUACACCAUGGACGCUUUUCAACACCUUAGUGUUUGCCUGCAUAUCCUUCUUUGUGCUGAGGUAGCGGGACUACUCCCCGCUGAAUUCACCUACAAACACCUAAUUGCCCUGUACAGCACUAUCAUCAGUUACGCCCUAUUCAUUCCGCUGUCUUUUGAGGAUACUAGUUUAGGUGUACAAAGCUGUACGGAGAGUCGUAGCGCCAACAUCCUGGCUAAUUUUGCUCACAGGAUCAGUUCUCUGCAUCUUCUACCCAACACCCUGCUUGCUGGCAUUUACUUCCUCAUUCGAUACAAGAAGGCUUUUGCCCUUAGUCAGUUCUCAAUGGCGCCAUCGGCCAAGGGGGAUGAGGAGUUAUCAGUCCUAAAUAUCAGGACAUUCACUAUCCGCUCGAUGCUUUCACAUUGCAUUAUCAGUUUAGCCUAUUGUACUUUAACUUUGGGUAUUAAAACCGGAAUUCCAGCACUCAUUGAACUUAUCGAGCAUAUCGACACGCCAGAAGGUCUGCUACGAAAAUGCAGUUACUUGCAGCAUGCCGCUAACACUGUGUGUCUUCUGGUGUGUCUCAAUCUGGACACCGCGGACGGACAGUCUUUGGACUAUGACGAUGACUCUGACGAUGCAGAAACCAUUCCCCUAAAUUUCAACAAUAUUGCUGAUGAAUUAGAUUGA